UCAAACGAUUCGCUCCUCAUCUCAUCCGAGUAACUCACAGUCUCGAACUUUUUUUCAUCUCCACCGCUAUUGAAACCUAGAUGAACGACAAAAAUGCCUUCAGGUCGGCGAAGUGCAUCUGCUCCUAGGCGCAUGGGGUCUUGGACCACGUCAAAAAGUACACGUUCUUUCUUCUACCCAGCCUCAUUGCGCAAAGAAAAGGAUCAGAUCCUCGCUAGCUUAUUUUAUGGCUCAGACUGGUGCAUUGGUCGUCACUUAGAUUCCGCUGAAGGGGAUCGAAGAAUAGGAGACGACCCCCUGACAGCACAAGGUUUGAAAAACCAAAACAAGGGAAAAGGUGAGACGUGUCUGUGUAGGGGGUUCAGUCCCCUCAGCAUCAGUGGGGAAUGAGACUUCUACCGACCUUCUAAUUAUUGGGAGGACCUGGGUCUAGCACCGGAAGAGAUUCGAGUUCCACAGCAAGAGUAUCGUCUUCUUCGUCGUACGAAGAUCGGUACUCUAGCAGAAUCUCAGCGACGGACUGGCGUAGCAGCCUGACCUCAUCCACAUCCACGGCUCGGACGUCCAGUAGUAGUCCGCUAGAAGGUAGUAACCCCCUGGCAUCCUCCUUGGAAGCUGGAGGGUUACCCACAGCGUCGUCUUAA